AUGCCUUUGACCCCGGAGGCUGUGGCGGAGAUCAGUCGCCUGGUGGAGGAGAGCAGUCGGAAGGGGGACUUUCUGGUUCGCAAUGUCCAGCAGAUCUUUGCCGUGCUCAAACGACACUCCCUGCUUCAGCGGAUGCGAAUCCCACCCAAGGCUGUGGGAGUGCACCCAGCCAAUCGUGAUGGGUCAUGUCUUGUAGUUCAAGACGUACAUGAGUUGUUGGACAAUAUCUCCGCUGUCGGCUUCGAACCGACUCGGACGAAUCCCAUUGCCAUUGAAGCUUCCAGCGAGGCUGUGCAGGUCUUCAACAAGCAGCUGGUUGAGUCUGCAGGCGGUCAGCUCGGCCGGCUUGAACUUGGAGAGCUGAAAGUGCUCUCCCUCAGCAGUUCACACACGAAUUUUGCACUUCGGUUGGUUGCUGAUGGAGCACCCCACAAAUCGGAGGUAAUCUCGGUUCAGGGCAGUCUCUCCCUAGAGCUAGUGCAGAAGCGGGACCCGGUGCUCGCUGAGUAUGUACUCCAAGGCCUGGAGUGGACGGUCAUCGCAGCUGAAGUGGGCCAGAAGUGGCAUUGUGGCGGUGCGGAUGCAUUCUUUCUCGCCGAGACUGAGAUGUUUCUUCGCAGUCACGGCCAGAGCAAGGGCAUGGGACCUUCCUUCUGGGAGAAUGUGUCGGCCGACUUGAAAAAAGGCGACCAAGUGACCUUCUUCAGGCAUGCUUCGGUGAAACUUGCACUGAGCAGCAAUCUGGUGACUGCCACAUCUGUCAAGAAGGCAUUGGCCAAAGAUGCCCUUCCCAAGGCCAUCAAAGCCGACGAGGUAAUGUCCAAGGUUCGCAGCAUGCUCACCGGAGCCGGUGUGCAGUUGAUGAGCGACACUCGGCUAGUGAAUCUCUUGGGGGUCACGGAUUGCACGAUGGCGAAGCUCGUCUUGGGCCUGAGCCCUGAGGACGACAAGAAGUACAAGGCUGUGGAAGCAGUGGCCCAUGAUUGCAUCACGGUGGCGAAUGGCCUGCUUGGGACAGCUCUGCAGUCGCCUUGGGCGGGAAAGACUCCGGAGCUGAAUCCAGACGGCAGCCUCAAGAAUCCGCUUGAGCUCCUCAGUGCUGAGGGCUUCAUCGUUGGUGCCUGCAUCAAGAAGAAGGGCGAGAAGUUCGAAGGCCAAAUCGGCGUCAUGGACGACAGCAAUGUCACCGUCAAAGAUCUGAAGUCCGGUGGAGUCUUGAAGGUGCCGGCGAGAGAUUUGCUGAAUUCGGGAUGGACGGUUUUCAAGCCGAAAGCGGAGCCCGAGUCCAUUGCUACUUUGCAGUCCAUGGGGCCCAAGAAGAACAACGAUUUCUUGGCCGGCUUGGUGAUCGCUGAGAUUCAUCAGGCAAUGCAUGAGUUGGAGAUUGGCACGGGGACUGCUCUGCAUAUCCUGAAGGUGAAGCAGGCUGACGACGAGGAGCAUGCCCCGAAAGCCAAGAAAGCCAAAACCACCAAGAAGUGA